AUGAACAGUGCCUCUCAGGAGCCAUGCUCGUUUGACUGCGCUGCUGAUCUUAUCACCCACCUGCGCUCGCUAAACGUCAACUACCGUGCUGCUUGUACUGAGGCUCAGCUUGCCCUGCUCCCCCCGCCCAUGGCGAUCACUAUUCACUUUAUCGCCACUAGCCUCCCUGACUGCCUUGCACCUGUCUGUGACGAGCUUCUUCAGAAGCACCCUAGUGAGCUCACCAUCGAUGUCCUUGAGACCGCUCUCAAGGACAUAGAGAGCAAUAUCCGCUCCUUUGCCUCCGCAUCUGGCGCCGUAGUUCCCCCGCUGUUUCAGGGGUGCACUGUCCCACAGCUUCCCACCUUCACUACCUCUCUUGCCUCUAUUGCGUCUCCUUCUCUUUUGGAGACUGCGGCCGUGUCCACCGUGGGUGGGCGGUCCAGGGGUAAGGGAGGUAAGAGAGGGGGGAAGGGUGGUGGCGCUGGUGGUGGUGGCGGAGGUGCCGUAGGCUCUGGUGACACUAGUGCGUCUGGUGGAGGCGACACUGGGGGCGGCCCUGCGCCUGCGGGCCCGACGAGAGGGGGUGCUAGUGCGGUCACGUGGUACACGGCACAGCGGCGGCAGCAGUCCCAGCAGCAGCAGCAGCCACAGUCAGGACAGCCGCAACAGCAGCGACAGCCGCAACAGCAGGUUCAGCGCCAGGUGCAGCAGCAGCCUCAGCAGUGGGGACCUGGCGGACCAGGGAGCGCUGGUCGUGGCGGUGGUCCGCCCAGCUCAACGUUGCGUGGUGUCACUCCGCCUCCCUGCCCGUACGUGGUUCAGUCAGGCGGUCGUGCGGGUUUUCGCUGUGGCCGUUUCCACGCUCCGGGUCAGUGCUUUGCUCAGCUUACUGACCGCGUCCGCGCAUAG